AUGUGCAAACAUAUUAUUGCAAAUCCUGAUACAUCUCAUUUUCUUUUGAAGAUGGCAAACUUAGCAAAGCUUAAAUUUGCUGUUUGGGACAUAUCUCGAAACAACUAUCUAUCAUGGGUCCUAGAUGCCAAGAUCCACCUUGAGGCCAAUAGCCUUGGAAAAACCUUUGUAGAUGGAAACGAUGCAUCCCCAGAAGAAAAUGCAAAGGUCGUGAUCUUUCUUCGCUGUCACAUCCGUGAAGCGCUGAAAAGAGAAUACAUGGCGGUGGAUAACCCACUGAUUUUGUGGAAAGCCUUAUGCAAAAAGUACAAUCACCAAAAGACAGUGAUCUUCCCAAGAGCCAUAUAUGAAUUGACACACUUCAAAUUCCAAGGUUUCAAGUCAGUGUCCGAGUAUAAUUCGGCGAUGCAUAAAAUUACCUCUAUGAUGAAGUUAUGUGAGUAG